GCUCCGAGGGUUGGCAGCACUCGCGCUCGCGCUCCCCGUGUCAUUCGGAAAACAAGACCGUCUGCGACGCAGAGACGUUGGCGUCGGCCCUGGCCGCAGGCAGCCGCUCGUCGGACUUGGGGCUCGCCCCCGCCUGCUCACCAUGGACGGACACGGAGUGGUCGCCCUCCUCGUCGGCGUGCUCGGCGCCGCGGUCACGUCGGUGGCCUCGGCCGGGGCGGGCGAGCAGAACCCCGCCAUCCUCGCGGGCGCGCCUCCCGGGCCCCUGCGCCUCGCCAAGCGGUACGACCUGGACCUGCAGACGUGCGUCGACAACUUUGACGUGCAGCGCGACCAGAUUAUCCGCACCCAGGACUCCAAGAGGAUGGGUGCCGUCAACCUGGCCGUCAAGGAUGUCCUGACCCGGGACGAGUGCCUGCGGCUGUGCUGCGAGACGGACAAGUGCGACGUGUUCGUGUUUGAGGAGAAGCAGAGCCCCGGGACGUGCUACAUGUUCCACUGCGGCCCGGCCGAGGACUCCCGGUGCAAGUUCACCCGCCACGAGUCCUACUCCACCGGCAUCCUGGACACGCGGCGGCACCUUCUGAGUCAACAGGAGCAGGACCUCAGCAGCCUGAGGAUACUCCUGGAGCCGACACCAGCCCCGAUGAUGGGCGCGCACCUGCUCGCGUCCAAGACGGGGUCCCUGAUGGCGGCGCCCGGGACCGCGGCCGUCAGCGGGCUGCAGGCGCAGCAGGGAGGAGCGUCGUCGCCCUGCUCCGAGUUCCAGUUCCGCUGCCGCCACACGGCCACCGUGGAGUGCAUCGGCAUCUACAACGUGUGCGACACCAUCCCCCAGUGCAGCGACAACUCGGACGAGACUAAUUGCACAGUCGCGGCCGCCCCCGCCUUGCUGACCCACGACAGCGACCCCACUGGCUUCGGUCAGUCCAGAAUGCAGAGCGCUGGCUCCGGGCCAAGCGUCAGCCUCAAGGUGUCUGUGGGGGAGGAGAUGGCGGACUCGCACGUACACGCUCAAGAGCUGAUGGAGCUCCGCGAGCAGCACUACCAGCUCCAAAAGCAACAGCAGCAACAGCAGCAGCAACAGCAGCAGCAACAGCAGCAACAGCAGGGUCUCCUGCAGGGUGGCCAGGGCAUGCCCAUGGCAGACGCGAAGCCGCAGUCCACCUCGCUCCUGUCGCAGCCGCAACAACCGCAACAACAGCAACUGCAACAGCAGCUUCAGCAACAGCUUCAGAUGCAGAUACAACAACAGCAACAACGGCAGCAGCAGCAACAACAACAGCAGCAACAACAACAACAACAGCAGCAACAACAGCAACAACAGCAGCAGCAGCAACAACAACAACCACCACCAUCACAACAACUACAACAACAACAGCAACAACAACAACAGGACCAGGGGUUGAGUGCCUACAACGCGUACCGCAACUGGGCGCAGACACUGCAGCAGCCUCAGCAGCAGCAGACCGUCCACGCGGCUCAGCACCCCCCACAGCUGCAGGAACAAAAGCAGUUCCCGCAGGUGCCCCAGGGCCAGGAGUCAAAGCAGCUGUCCCUGUCGGACCAGCUGGGGCAGCUGCAGCAGCCCGCCAGUGGCGGCUCGGGAAGGAUGCAAGGGCUAGUGCCCAAUCUCCACACGUCCCACCAAGCUGAAGUGGGGAACGCACCGUCAGCCCCGAAGCAGGUGGAACUCCCACAGCAGUUCCCGCGAGUGCCCUCCCAGCCCGAGCAAGAACAGCAGUUGCAGGUGCAGCAGCAGCCUCAGCAACAGCAGGACAUCCUAACUGCUGCGCUGCAGCAGCAGCAACAGCAACAGCAGCUGCUUCUGCAGCAGCAGCAACUCUUUCUGCAACAGCAGCAACAACAGCAGCUGCAACAACAACAGCAGCAGAUGUUCCAGCGUGCCGGAGUGCCUGGAGCCGUCCACGGCGCGGUGAACCAGUGGGACAGCAGCGCUAACCCCUACCGGCCCGGAGUGGAACACAACAGCCACAUAUUCACCCACAAGGGCGGAGUGCUAGAUUCGGAUCACUACCACCACAACCACCCCCACCAGAUGUUUGGCGACGACGUGCAGAACACGGGGGCGGCGAGCUACGGCGACGGCCUCAGAGGGCCCGGCGGCGCCGCGGGUCAGUACUACGGCCAGGGAGCGGCCAGCGGCAGGCCCUCGGAUGACUACCCUCCGCUCCGGACGGGCGGACCCAUCGGCGGGCCGCAGCGGGGCUCCCCGGCGUACGGCGGCCAGUACGGCGCCCAGCCGGACUACUUCUACGAGGACGGCGGGUCCGAGAGCCGCCUCCAGAUCGGGAACAUCGGCCGCCUGCAGGGACUGCAGGUGUCUCCGGACGACAGCAGCCGCCGACUGGAGGCGGACCUCACCUCCGUGCCGUACGAGAGGCAGCUGCCACAGCAACCUGUGCAACAGCAGCACCAGCAGCAACAGCAGCACCCGCAGGCGCCCCCCGCGUUCCAGCGCCCGGCCGCCUCCCUCUCCGCCACCGCACAGGCCCCGCGGGAGGACGGAGUCGCCCCUACUGCCUCCCCGGCGGCCUCCACCGCCCCUGGGGCCCCGGUCCCCACCCUGCGCCCGCGGCCCCAGGACAAACCAAACUCCGUCAAAAAGCAGCUGGAGCACGCUAAGCCAGCUGACAAAUCCACCUUGCCCCCCGUGACACCGGUCACAGUCAAACCAUCAGGCGAAACGCCGACGAAAAACAAGAGCGAAGGGGCCCACCCGAAACCGACGACGACGCAGAGUGGAAGCAAGAAGAUGAACGGCUUGACGCCGUCCUUGGGGUCGGACGGCAGCCUGAGUCUGGAGCAGGCCGCUCUGGUGGACGUGACUGACGGACCAACUGUCAGUCCCAAGGGGGCCGUCAUUUCACUUGUUCUAGGAAUGGUGCUCACCUCCUUCAUGGUGGUGGUAAUCGUCUGCAGAGUUCGAAUGAUCAAGAGGAGAUUGCUGCGCAGGGGCGGCCAGUCCUCGUACGCCCACGACGCUGACUACUUGGUCAACGGGAUGUACCUGUGAGGGACCUACAUGUCUGUACUGGAGGGGGAAUUCAUCGUUCCUCAUAGGACAAUAAAUUCCUAUUUUUGUGGCCUGACCCAGUGAGAUCUUGCCUUCGCCGGCGUGCGUAGGUGACAGUGUUCAAUUCUAGUCUAAUGUUUGGGUGUGACCAGAGAGAGGUCUCACACCCAUUCCAAACUGCGAUACUCUUUGUGAUUCGCUGGACACAAAAAUGAUUAUUCUAUGUUAUACGAAGGCCGAGGUAGUGAGUGUAGUGUAAAGAUACAGCUCAGCUACUGAAAGGAUGUCAACAUUUUCAUAUUUUCAACAAAGAAAUUGAUAAAAAGUAAUCGGUGACCUAUAAGCUGUAUGCUAUCUCUCUUUUAUGGGUAAACUUAUUCCAUAUUGAAAGAAAAUUAGGGGUUUGCAAACCUAUGACGUAAAGAGAAUUUUUUUUGCCUCUGAUCAGAGGUUGAAAAAAAAAAUAUCCCUGCAAAGACCUUUACUUCUGACAUUCCUCUUAAGCUUGGAAUUCAUCCCAACGACUGAAUGAUAUUUAAAUAAUUUUGUAAUUAUAACAAAGUACUAUUAUGACUUUGUUAUGUAUUCCACUAGCUUUAAUGUUGUAUGUAACCUGUAAAUGUUUUGUAUUUGUUUGUUUUGUUUUAUGGAGGUUUCUACCUAAAUUAAAAAUUGAUGGUUUGCUUUAGAAUUUCUUUUGAAUGGUACUACAGAUGUAUGGAUCAAAUACUAUGCUUUGGAUAUUAUUUGUUGUCUAAAACUCCCUAUGCUUAGCUUCAAUCUGAAUGGUACUCACAUAUUCACAAAUCAUUGACAAUAGUUUAAAACCAAAGGUAGAAAAAACAAGUGCGUUAUAGAUGUAAGAAUGGUAUUCCAAAGAGGAACACUAGAUACUGAUUUUGCAGAGAAAUGUAAACUUCAUAGAACCUCUGUGGGGCUAUGAUAAAGAAGAUUGUAAAUAUGUAUCAGGUGGCUGAUUCGCCCCUUCCACUUUCAAAGUUAUAUUGUACCGCACGUCGCACGUGCGGGCGGUACCAGUAGGUACAUUCUAAUGACGAAAGUGGGCGGGGCGAAUGCGAAUCAGCCACCCAUUACUUGAAUGAAGUUGACAUAGAUGAUGUUAUUUAUGAAAUUUUGUACUACAUGUAACCAAUUAAGAACAAACUGGAUUGAGACAACAGA